AUGAAUACCGGAAAUUCAUUACAACAAGAAAAUGUGACAACAAGAAGACCUGCUAAGUGUAACUCGGAGAAUGACUUAACGAAACUAGAGAUCGAUAUGACAUCAUCGUCGACAAUGUUAUUUGAGAAUACUAUGGACAGUUUACCGAAUUUAUCAACAAUUGAGAAUCCUAUAGUAGUUGAGUUAAAAGUAAAUAAUAAUAAUUUAGCCUUAAAACUACAGUCAGCGCAUAAAGAAAUUGAAAAUCUAAUAACAGAAAAUUUUAAACUUAAACGUGAGUUGGAAAAUUGUCAAAUGGUAAUUAAAACACUAAAACAAUUAAAUUCAACUCAAAAUAACGCACGAAAACAAAGCACGAUCUACAAACUCAACACCGAGAAGAAAGGGAACUAA